GGAGGCUGUGGGUUCCGCGGCCUCUGGUGGGUCCUGGGUGGCUGCGGGAACCGGGCUCGUGGUUCUGCUCCUUCUGGCCUGGUGCGCGGGCAGCCGGGUCUCGCGAAUUCUUCAGUGCCUGGUGGGGCUGGAGGCGGAUCCGGAGGGGAGCGGAGCAUCUUGUAAAGACACUAGUGUUACUGGUGCCUGCAGAAGAGCCUAGAGUCUGUCAUUUGUUCAAAAGCAAGCAUAGAGGCGUUUCUGCAAGCAACUUUCGCCUUGAUUAAACAGGAAUUGGAGAAGUAUAAUGUCUCAGGAAGGCGAUUACGGGAGGUGGACCAUAUCCAGUAGCGAUGAAAGCGAGGAGGAGAAGCCAAAACCAGACAAGCCAUCUACCUCUUUUCUCCCCCACGCUGGGCAGGGAGCAGCCCACGAGCCAAAGUACACCUGCUCCGAGGCGCGGCGAGCCGCCCACAGGAGAAAGAUCAACCCCGUGAGGUUCAGCAAUGCAGACCCGGUUUCAGAAGCAUCCCCUCCCAAGAGGCAGAAGAGUGGCUCCCAGGAAGACCUGGGCUGGUGCCUCUCCAGCAGUGAGGAUGAGCUGCCCCCAGAGAAGCAGCAGAAGCCAGCUAAGGAAGCGGGGAUCAAAGAGGAGAAAGGCCCCCCUUCUCCCAGAGAUGGAUCUGGGCACCGCAGCCCUCCUGCCAGCCACAGGCUCAAAGAGGAGGAAGAGGAGCACGAGAUGUCAGGGGGAGGCCAGGACAUUUGGGACAUGCUGGACAAAGGGAACCCCUUCCAAUUUUACCUCACCAGAGUCUCUGGAAUUAAGCCCAAGUACAACUCGGGAGCUCUCCACAUCAGGGAUAUUUUAUCUCCUCUGUUUGGGACACUUGUUUCUUCAGCUCAGUUUAACUACUGCUUUGACGUGGACUGGCUCGUAAAACAGUAUCCACCAGAGUUCAGGAAGAAACCAAUCCUGCUUGUGCAUGGCGACAAGCGAGAGGCAAAGGCUCACUUACACGCCCAGGCGAAGCCUUAUGAAAACAUUUCGCUCUGCCAGGCAAAGUUGGAUAUUGCAUUUGGAACACAUCACACGAAAAUGAUGCUCCUGCUGUACGAGGAAGGCCUCCGUGUCGUCAUACACACCUCCAACCUCAUCCACGCCGACUGGCACCAGAAAACACAAGGAAUAUGGUUGAGCCCCUUGUACCGACGAAUCGUGCCUGGGAGCCACAGAUCUGGAGAAUCAGCCACACAUUUUAAAGCUGACCUCAUCAGCUAUUUAUCGGCUUAUAACGCCACUGCCCUCAAGGAAUGGAUAGACGCCAUCCAGGAGCACGACCUCUCGGAAACAAAUGUUUACCUUAUUGGCUCAACCCCGGGACGCUUUCAAGGAGAUGAAAAAGAUAAUUGGGGACAUUUUAGGCUUAGGAAGCUCCUGAAAGAGAAUGGCUCCUCCAUCCCUAAAGCAGAGUCUUGGCCGGUUGUAGGUCAGUUCUCGAGCAUCGGCUCCAUGGGGGCCGACGAAUCAAAAUGGUUGUGUUCUGAGUUUAAAGAGAGCUUGGUGACCCUGGGGAAGGAAAGCAGGACCCCAGGAGGCGCCGUCCCUCUUCAUCUGAUCUAUCCUUCCGUGGAGAACGUGAGGACCAGCUUAGAAGGAUAUCCGGCUGGGGGCUCUCUUCCCUAUAGCAUCCAGACGGCAGAGAAGCAGACCUGGCUCCAUUCCUAUUUUCACAAAUGGUCAGCUGCCACGUCGGGCCGCAGCAAUGCCAUGCCACAUAUUAAGACGUAUAUGAGACCCUCUCCAGACUUCAGUCAAAUUGCUUGGUUCCUUGUCACAAGUGCCAAUCUGUCCAAGGCCGCCUGGGGAGCGUUAGAGAAAAACGGCAGCCAGCUGAUGAUCCGCUCCUACGAGCUCGGCGUCCUUUUCCUCCCAGUGGCCUUUGGCCUGGACAGCUUCAGAGUGAAGCAGAAAUUCUUCUCAGGGAGCCAGGAGCCAACAGCCUCCUUUCCUGUGCCGUAUGAUUUGCCUCCAGAACUGUAUGGAAGUAAAGAUCGGCCAUGGAUUUGGAACAUUCCUUAUGUGAAAGCACCCGAUACACACGGGAACAUGUGGGUCCCCUCCUGAGAGCCGUAAAGCACAGUGAAAUUGAAGUGUGAAGCUGAAGCGUGAGCCAUCGAGCCCCUCCCCCCGGCGUUGGAUGUUCUGUUCGUACUGGAUGUUCACGUCCCUUGAUGAACAAUGUCCCUUAUCUGCCGCCGCCCCCGUCCCUCCCAUAAAACCCUUUGCAGAGGUCAAUUUCAAACGUAGAUGUUGGUUAUCCUUUGAAUGGUCCCUCUUAACAUUCUCACUUAAAAAAAUUACAUAUAUUUUCCUAAUUCCCUUUUUUAUGCUUUGGAAUGCAAGCUAUUAAACUUGACAAUGUUAAAAGAA